AUGUGCUGCGUCCUCGAAUUGGUGCAGCCCGGAUACCGGCCGAGGCCGUGUCAGCGCAAGUGGUUUCCUCCCGAGAGCUCCGAGAGCCGCGAGUCCUCGGUGCCUGCGUGGCGCCAUGGAAAACGGGAGCUGUGGAGCGCCGACCUCGUUUUUCCUUGGGAAGAUAGUGGCCUCCGAAAGCCUGUGGUUCUCAGCGUGCGCUUCGACAACUCGCUGGGGCGUCGAGCAGGUGCACCAACCCAAAGGGCCCAUCAUGCCGCCUUCUUCGGACAAGACUUUAAGUACGCGUACGAGUCUGCCAGGGCUGGGUAUGUUUACAAUCCGAACAUGCAGACGAAGUCGCGGUGCAGGGCGACCCAGCACGGACGCUGGUGCCUGGGGCGGUGUAGCCAAGAUGCGAAGCCCGACGACGAGAGUUGUUGGGCCUUUUCAUUUCGGUAUCACCUUGAUAGUGCCGCCUCUGCCAACAAGGGGAGGCCAGGUGUGCCGAUUAUGUUGCAAGUAGUUGAGCGCGAUGGGAUGCUGGGCAUUGGUCAAGAAGAAGAACUUGCCAUUGCGGAGGACCUUGGCGCCGAGAUUUAUCAUGCCUAUCUGGAGAACGACGAAAUCAUCAUGUGCCGCCACGACGGUAGGAGCCAACUGAAGCUUGCGGCCUACCAGGAAGCAGGGGUUUGUAUUGCAAGUUGGGCCGCAAAGCAUGCCUGCCCGGCACUCCUGCAGACCCUGCGAUGCUUCGGAGCUGAUAUGUCUUGGCAGGACCAUCUUGGACGUACUGCAGCGCAUUUUAUCUCAGGAAGCGACGAGCAGGCAGCAGCCACCCUCUGCCGGUUAUGCGACUUGAAGGCAGACCUGUCGAUUGAAGAUGCAAGCCGGCAAACGGUUGCCCAUGCCUUGGCCCUGCAGGGAUACGUGAAAGCACUUGAGAUGCUGGGGGCACUGGGAGUCGACCUUGCCAAGCAAGAUGCAGAGGGACUUACUCCGCUGCACGUUGCUGCACAAAAUGGUCAUGCCAGCACGGUGCGUCUCCUGUGCAAUAAGGUCCACGAAAUAAUAGAGGAUAAGCACGGGCGGCUGGCGGCGCACAUAGCCGCCGAACGGGGUCAUUGCGAAGUGCUGCAGACACUGCAUGAUUGUGGCCAGAGCUUGGAGGUAGUUUCCAAGAAGUAUGGCUCGGCACCUGUGCACGCAGCUGCAAGAACGAAUCAAGUCGCUGUCUUCCGCUUGCUGUCUGACCUGGGCUACAACCUUUUUGUUCAUGAUGGACAGGGCCGUACCUCGACUCACCACGCGCAAACAGCGGAGGUCUUGCUCUGCUUGCAUCAGCUUCAAGCGGACCUGGAGCAGCGUGAUCGCCGAGGUGCACGGCCAAUUCACACCGCUGCUGGCUGGGGACGUGAUGAUGUGCUUUGCACGUUGAUGCAGCUGAGGUGCAACCCAUCUGCGAGCAGCACAAAGGGAGACACAGCGGCGCAUUAUGCUGCCGCGUGGGGCAUGCAUCAACCUUGGCUGCGUUUCGAAAAGCAGGCGGCGACAUUUCUUCUCAAAAUCGCUGGGGCCGCACUCCAGCACACUGGGCGGCGGAGUAUGGCCAAGAAUCUGCACUCAAGAAGCUCAUCGAACUGUCGGCAGACAUCUCCGCUCUCGACCAAAACGGCAAAUCACCGCACGAGGUCGCCGGCGAAAAUGGGCAUCUUCGGCUGCAGCGGUGGCUUUCCGGAUAUGCGCAGCAAUCUUAUGCAUCCAGGCUUCAUGUGCAAAGGAUGCAGAGUUGAGGAAUUGGCAUUAGCCGGUCCUGUUGGUUAG